AUGGUGUCCACAUCGUCGGUGGCCGGCAUCGUGCUGGGCCGCAAUCCGUUGGAAUACGUGCCGCUGUCGCCUUACACGCUUUUUCUUUUCCAGGCGGUGUUCAUUUUGUUUCUUUGCCAGCUUCUUCACUGGCCCAUGAGAAGGUUACAACAACCCAAGGUUAUCGCGGAGGUUGUGGCGGGAAUCUUGCUAGGACCGACCGUUUUGGGCAGAAUACCCAAUUUCUCAGAUACCUGUUUCCCCGACGAGCUGAUUCCAGGCAUGACCUUGAUCGCCAACGUGGGUAUCAUCUUGUUCUUGUUCAUUGUCGGCUUGGAGGUCGAUCUCCACUACAUCAAGAAAAACUUCAAGGUGGCGGUUUCGGUGGGGCUCAUCAACAUGGCCAUUCCCUUUGGUCUCGGAUGUGCCAUUGCCGUGGGCUUGUAUAACGAGUACAGAGACGAUCCAGGCAUGCAGAGCAUCCAAUUCACCACAUACAUGGUUUUCGUGGCCGUGGCCUUGUGUAUCACGGCUUUCCCCGUUUUGGCCCGUAUUCUCGUCGAGUUGAACUUGAUUGGAGAUCGGGUGGGCACCAUUGUUUUGGCUGCAGGUAUCAUGAACGACUUGACGGGCUGGAUUUUGCUUGCCUUGGUCGUCACGUUGAGUAACGCCGAUAACGGCAUUAACACGCUUUACAUCUUGCUUUUGACGCUCGCAUGGUUUAUCUUUUUGGCCUUUCCGGUCAGAUUGGCGCUCAGAUGGUACCUCAGAAGAUUCACCAACGAGUUGGCUACAGGCGAGCCUUCUCAGUUGCUGAUGGUGAUCAUUAUCGCCAUGGUGUUCACGUCUUCCUUCUAUACUGAUGCCAUUGGCGUGCAUCCUAUUUUCGGCGCCUUCAUGGUGGGUGUUUUGGUGCCCCGAGAUAACGGCUAUGUGAUCAAGAUUACAGAGAAGCUAGAGGAUAUGGUGCACAUUGUGAUGAUUCCAAUUUACUUUGCGUUGGCUGGUUUGAACGUCAAUUUGGGCGAUUUGGACAGAGGCAUCGACUGGGCUUACUGCAUUGGUGUGAUUGCGUUGGCCAUGAUUGGUAAGGUCUCUGGUGGUCUUCUUGCCGCCAAACUCAACGGCCUUUUUUGGAGAGAGUCCCUCACUGUCGGUGUGUUGAUGUCGUGUAAGGGUAUUGUGGAGAUUGUCGUGUUGAAUGUCGGUUUGAACGCCAACAUCAUCUCCAGAAGAGUCUACUCCAUGUUCAUUGUCAUGACCCUUGUGACGACAUUUUUGACCACCCCAUUGACCUUGCUCUCGUACCCCGUGAGCUACAGAGAGCUGGUGGCCCGCCAUAGAGGUGCACUCAAGAAGGAUGUCGAUUCCGAGGGCGAGUUGUUGGGUUCUCUUUCCGACUUGUCCAUGAGCAACUUAAGCCGUUUCAAAAUCUCCGAUAUCCUUCUUCUUCUUAGGAAGAUCGACACCUUGCCACACGUGCUUGCCCUUUUGAAGGACUUGACCUUCGACGAUUUCGACUACGGCGUCAAGGCCAUUCACUUGCGUGCUUUCACUUCUAGAACGUCCCAUUUGCUUGAGGCUUCCAGUGCUGCUCCAGAGGUUGCAGAAUCGUCUCCUACGGAUUUGACGAAUUCUCACUCCAUCCUUGCCAUUGUCAAGGCCUUCAGCUCCAUGUUGGAUGUGCACUUCUCGUCAAAGUCCAUCUUGGCGCCUCAGAGAAACUACGCUGCUGCUAUCAGUGACCACAUCACAGGCCCUGCUAACUUGCUUCUUACGUCUUACACGGUCAAGAGUGUUCUUGAGUUGACGGAGGAGGAGAAUGACUUCGAUAUGUCCUACCGCUACCUUUACGAUAAUUGCGAGUGCCAUAUGGCCAUUUUGCUUACCACCGAGCCUACAAGAACCGACCGCCAGUCCACCGUGAGAAUGAUUCUAGACCAUGAUAAUUUGUUGAGUUCCACCGACUUGCUCAGUCUUUACUUGGUAGCCCAAUUGGCCAAGGUCCACAAGAACGUGCACAUUUAUGUGAAUUCCAGCAUGGGAGGGACAAAAGACUUAGAGGAGCAGUUUGACGAAUACAUUAAAUCGAGCGGACCCGAUGUGAAGCUUACCGUUUCGUACUUCAGAGAUUUUGACGAGAUUUCAGGUGAAGUGAAGCAUGACUCCGCCUUAGCAGGUGACGUCUUUGUUGUUUCACACGAGUUCCUUGACUCGAAUGAGAGAGACGAGCUUUUGACCUUCACCAUGCGUGAGGAGGUUGAGUUGCUCGCUGUGAAGGCUGCCUCCAGCUGA